AUGCCGCCGAAGAAGGGAAAUGCGCCGAGCUCGUCGAGCAAGGUCAAGGUCGACAAGACCUUUGGCAUGAAAAACAAAAAAGGUGCCAAGACGCAAAAGGAGGUCCAGCGUAUCCAGACCCAAGCCUCUCAGGCCGGCAAAUCGCGCGACGUGCUCGAGAAGGAAAAGGAGAAGGCGUUGCGGGAAAAGGCCAAGUUGGAAGAGGAGAAGCGGCGGAAGGAAGAGGCCGAGCUGUUCAAGCCUGUGCAGACGCAGAAGGUCCCGUUUGGUGUCGAUCCCAAGACGGUGUUAUGCGCUUUUUACAAGGCGGGGAACUGCGAGAAAGGGAACAAGUGCAAGUUCAGCCAUAAUCGGGAUGUGGACAGGAAGACGGACAAGAAGAAUCUGUACGAGGAUGCCAGGGACGACAAGGCGAAUGAUACUAUGGACAAAUGGGACGAGGAGAAGCUGCGUGAGGUCGUCACUUCGAAGCGUGGCAACCCUCGAACUACCACAGACAUCGUGUGCAAGUUCUUCAUUGAAGCCAUCGAGUCUCAGAAGUACGGCUGGUUCUGGCAAUGCCCGAACGGCGAGAACUGCAUGUACCGACACGCACUCCCGCCCGGCUUCGUACUCAAAGCGCAAAAGAAAGCGAUGGACGAGGCCGAGAAGGCGAACCAGAUCAGCAUCGAGGAGUUCCUCGAGGUCGAGCGCCAUAAGCUCGGAUCGAAUCUCACACCUGUCACGCCGGAGACAUUCGCUAAAUGGAAGAAGACGAGGAUGGACAAGAAGGAGGCGGAGGAGGAGGCGUUGCGCAAGGCGAAGGAUCAGCAGGCGUCUGCGGGCAAGAGCUCUGGUAUGAGCGGUCGUGAUCUGUUCCAAUACAAUCCCGAGUGGUUCGAGGACUCGGACGACGAAGGGGAUGAUUGGGAUCUAUCCAAGUACCGCAAGGAGAACGGCGAGGAUGAGGAUGAUGAGAGCUCCGUCGACGAGGCUACGGAGGGCGUCAAAGGUAUGUCUAUCAACGGGGACGAGCCGCCAGAAGGCGCUGCGUCCGUCAAUGGCUCGGAAGGGUGA